AUGACUAAGUAUAAUAAUUUCACGAUAAGUCCCCGAUCGUUUGUUCUGUGCAUGCUCACAUGUAUAGUUAGUGUGAGUUGUCUCCAAUUAAGAAAUGAUAAGAUUCUUACAAAUGUUGGAUCCAGUACUCGACAGUUUCCAACAGUAUUAGUAGGUAAAGAUAAUAAUAAUUAUUAUUUUAUCAAUGUAACAUUUGGUACACCUGGUCAAUUACAAGCUUUAGCAUUAGACACAGCAAAUCCUUAUAGUUGGGUGUUAUCAGGAGAGGACGACAGUCAAUGUGGUAAUCAUUCAAAUUGUGAUACUACGCUGUAUAUGAGAAACGAAUCAUCAUCUGCGAUAGAUAUUAACCCAGGUGAAAGAUAUAGUUUAGAUUUUAUUGAAGGUAUCGAAGUUAAUGGUACUGUCGUGAGUGAUGUAAUUACUUUUCCCAACAUUACUAUCUUAACAGACGAUGGAUCUAAGACAGCGGCUACAUUUACAAAAUUUAUUCACAAUACUACUACAAAUGUGACUUUUUCAAACAAUUAUUUGACAAUUUCUCAGCCUUAUUUUUUAAACGUUAAUGAAUCAAAUAAUUUAUAUUCUGGUGUUCUAGGACUUGGUGGAUUAAUUACAUAUCCAGGUAAUGCCAUUGAUUAUAGAAAUUUUGAUAAUGAUGAAUUUUAUUUUAUGAAAAGUUUAGUAGAUGCUAAUAUUAUUGAAAGUGCUAGUUAUUCACUUUGGUUAAAUAAUGAUCCAACAUCUGUUCAGACUUCGAUGUUAGGUAAUCUUGUAAACGAUAACAGUGGACAAUUGAUUUUCGGUGCGGUUGAUCCUUUAUUGUUUAAGAAUGAUCUUAUUCAAUUCGAUAUGAUUCCAUUUAUGGAUUCUGAUACAGGUGUAGCAAGUACAGGGUAUCCAAUUUUACCAAUGGGUCCAGUUUAUAUUACAAAUGUGGACAAAGAGAGUCUUAAUAUGACAUCAAAGGAUUAUUUGGAACCUGUAUUGAUUGAUUCAAGUUUUAUUGGUAGUUAUUUACCAGUGAAUACAAUUAUUCAAAUUGCUAUUCAAAUUGGUGCUACAUAUGUUGAAUCUGUCGAUAGAUGGUUAGUUAGAUGUGAUGUUGGUACAGUUGGUGCGCAUAUUGAUUUUACAUUUGAUGAUGUUACAAUAAAGGUUCCUUUACAACAUCUAUUAAGUACUACAUUUGAUUCAUCUGUUAAUGAAACUGUACAUUUUUCAGAUGGUCAAUCGGCAUGUUUCUUAAAACUUUAUGCCAAUAGUUAUAUCGGUUUUAAUGUGCUUGGAGAAUCUUUCUUAAGGAACGCUUAUUUAGUGGUAGAUUUAGAAGGUAGUACAGUGGCACUUGCAGAAGCUAAUACUCCUGAUGAUAUCUCUAGUAUUGUCAGUAGUAUUACUAGUAGUAAGCAAAGUAGCACUGUUAGUUCAAAAGGUGUAUCAACUAGUUCAAGUACCUCUGGAAUAAAUACUACGAUAGCUGCUAUUCAAUCUGGCUAUAUUCCAUUUGCUACACACAAGACAUAUAAUGGUUCCUCACUUACAUUAUAUCCAGCAAGUGUGAGCUCUUUAAGUUCAAAUAUUCCAGGUCAAUAUACGGCUACGAUUUUUUCUAAUGGUAUUGUAACGGCACCAGCAAGAUCCUUUUAUGAUACAUCUAGAACUUCAUCCACGACAAGAUCAUCAUCGACACAGUUCAAUAGUCUGUCGAUCAAUUUGUCCAGUGCAGCAUCGACAACGAUUAGUGCCGCAGCCAUUAAAGGUGUAGAGAUGCCAAUUGUGUGCUCUUAUGUACUGGACUUCUCUUCAUCGACUCUAAUGGCAACGCUAGUGGGCCUCAUAGCACUAAACAUGAUCAUUUAG